CGUCCAGCAAAAAGUCCAGCCCAGGAUCACAAAGCAGUUUAAAAGGACAUGCCCAGGAAAGACUGAGGGCUCGAAAAGAGGAACGGCGCAUUACAAGCCAUCUACUUCAUAGCCGGAAAGUGACAAUUCAUGUGAAAAACUGACCAGGAAUUUUGGCUGUAAACUACAGAGACACCUCACUACACUGCCACGAUGCCUGCCGACUACAAUGGAAAAUGGGAGAUGGUGAGCAACGAGAAGUUUGAUGAUGUCAUGAAGGCAAUGGACAUAGACUUUGCCACACGCAAGAUCGCCUCACAUCUCACGCAGACAAAAGUCAUCAAGCAAACCGGGGAUAAAUUCGAGACCAAAACUCUCAGCACGUUCAGAAAUUAUGACGUCAACUUCACUGUUGGAGAGGAAUUUGAGGAGCACACUAAGGGCCUGGACAACAGAGUGGUCAAGACACUCGUCACCUGGGAUGGAGAUAAGCUUGUGUGUGUGCAAAAAGGCGAGAAGGAGAAUCGAGGCUGGACGCACUGGAUAGAGGGAGACCUGCUGCAUCUGGAGAUCACCUGCCAGGACAAAGUCUGCCAUCAGGUCUUUAAGAAGAAGGAAUAGCAGUCUGAAGAUGUAGCAGCUCUCCUGUGCGUCACCUUUUAACGCUCAUGUGUGCAUUUACUGUUGUUGUUGUACAUAUGUUCCUAUGCAAUGCAAUUCUAAUAAAGCGUUUUACACAAUGUUUUAA